AUGCCUCACUCCCGGUCUCUGCUCGUACUACAUACAUGGCCGGGCUGCUGGGACCUGCCUUCGUUUGAUCCCUCGUGUCUGGCAGCUAUCCUAUACCUCCAGCUCGUCCUACCAAACAAAUUCGUCAUUGAAGAAUGCACAAAUCCCGACUUCUCACCCUCUGGGCAGCUACCAUACUUGUCUCAUGGGACACAGAUAGUGUCUACGUUACCAUCUAUCGUCAAAUAUGUGUCAAAGCUGAAGAAAGUCGACGGCGUGAAUAUUCCAGACAUUGACAGUGUUCUUUCGCCAACGGAGAGGGCAACGAGCGUGGCUUGGAUCUCACAUGUAUCUACGAACAUGGGUGACAUUGUGGCACACAUGUUCUACUCCCUGGAGGAUAAUUGGACGAAGACGCUGCGGCCUCACUUAGCGGCGAUGCAACCAAUUCCACAGCGAUAUUACCUUCCCGAUAGAAUACGCGCAUCAUACCGUCCACGGCUGGAAGCCGCUGGACUCUGGAAUUUGCCUGGAAUCGAGCAGCAGGAGAAGAAGCCAUUCGAGAAACCAAAGGCUAAGGUUGAGCCCGAGAACUUGAAAGAGAAAUAUGUUCGCGUGUUCGAGCGACAAAAGGUUGAAGAGAAGGCUAGUGCCUUGUUCGAUGUCUACGCCAGACUACUCGGAGACAAGCAGUACUUCUUCCAAAGCCAGUGUACUACAGUUGACCUGUUACUUGCUGCUCAUAUCCUUCUUCUCAUAAAACCACAAUUCGCGGACCCACUUCUACAAACCCUUCUCCACGAGCGAUACCCACAGCUCAUCGAGCAUUCCGAAAGAGUUUUCUCACAAACAUCACCUCGAGAUGUGCGAAUCGUGAAAUCCAGCCCUGUAUAUUCGACAAGGUCUUUAUUUGCGCUUCCCCAUCACGCGAAGAGUGCUCCUCGAACCGCGGGGUCGGACGAAAAGGCAGCUGAAGAAUGGAAAUAUACGAAGAUGCGAUGGGGUUGGUUUGCUCUAGCCGGCGCUAGUAUAGUGUAUUACGGUAUACGGAGUGGUAUAGUGGGUGAGUUCAUGCGGCUCUAUGCACAGCUGGAAGCUCAAGAACGGCUCGCUGCAGUGGUUGCGGCGGAGGAGAUGGAUGAAGAGGAUGAGGAUGAGGGUGAGGGCGAGGAGGUCGAAGAUGAAGAGGAGGACGAGGAAGAGGAAGAAGAGGAAGAACACAUAUGA